CGCACGGCGCGAGCUGAAGCGGCGGCGCUGUGGCUCGCUGGGAGCCGGGCGCCUGCAGACACAAAGGCUGGUGGGUUGUAUGAGCAACCGGGGAGCCGGCAAAAGGGAAAGCGAAAGCCGGGGGCGCGGCAGGUGACGGAGAAGGCGCCGCGCAGUCCUCCGAACCCUCCAGACGUCGGCGGUACCGGCGCCUGCACUCCUGCGCCAGUGGGGCCGAACCCGCGCGCCUCAGCCAUGGCUAUCGCCCACCUGGCCACCGAGUACGUGUUCUCGGACUUCUUGCUGAAGGAGCCGUCGGAGCCCAAGUUCAAGGGGCUGCGGCUGGAGCUGGCAGUGGAUAAAAUGGUCACGUGCAUCGCGGUGGGGCUGCCGCUGCUGCUCAUUUCGCUGGCCUUCGCGCAGGAAAUCUCGAUCGGUACCCAGAUAAGCUGUUUCUCCCCAAGUUCCUUCUCCUGGCGUCAGGCUGCCUUCGUGGAUUCUUACUGUUGGGCUGCCGUUCAGCAGAAGGACUCCUUGCAGGGCGAUUCCGGACACCUUCCACUGUGGCUGCAUAAGUUUUUCCCCUACAUCCUGCUCCUGGUCGCCAUCCUCCUGUACCUGCCCUCCCUGUUCUGGCGUUUUGCAGCAGCUCCUCAUCUUUGCUCAGAUUUGAAGUUUAUCAUGGAAGAACUCGACAAAGUAUACAACCGCUCCAUUAAAGCCGCAAAGAGCGUGUGUGAUCAGGACAUGAGAGACGGUCCCGGCCCCGUUCCAGGUGUUAAUGAGAACACAGGACAAAGUUUGUGGGAGAUAUCUGAAAGCCACUUCAAGUACCCAAUUGUGGAGCAGUACUUGAAGACGAAGAAACACUGUAACAAUUUGAUCGUCAAGUACGUCAGCUGCCGGCUGCUGACCCUCAGCAUAAUACUGUUAGCCUGCAUCUACCUGGGCUAUUACUUCAGCCUCUCCUCCCUCUCAGAUGAGUUUGUCUGCAGCAUCAAGUCGGGGAUCCUGAAAAAUGACACCACCAUCCCCGAGCAGUUUCAGUGCAAGCUCAUCGCCGUCGGCAUCUUCCAGCUGCUCAGCUUUAUCAACCUCAUGGUGUACAUCCUGUUGGCUCCCGUGGUUGUCUACACGCUCUGUGUCCCGUCCCGACAGAAGACGGACAUUCUCAAAGUGUACGAAAUCCUGCCCACUUUCGAAGUCCUGCGUUUCAAGUCUGAAGGGUACAACGACCUGAGUCUCUACAAUCUUUUCCUGGAGGAGAACAUAAGUGAGCUCAAGUCCUACAAGUGUCUGAAGGUGCUGGAGAACAUCAAAAGCAGCAGCCAGGGUGUCGACCCAAUGCUUCUCCUCACGAACCUUGGCCUGAUCAAGAUGGACGUUGUCGACGGCAGAGGACCCGAGACUGUGGAGAUGAUGGCACAGGAGGAGGAGGACCCGACAGCAGAGCUCAAAGAUUUGAGUGCACCCAGUGAAACGAAAGUAAGCAAUGGAGGGAAGGAUGCUCGGCAGAGGCUUCUGGAUUCUUCUUGCUGAAGGUUUUUUUCCUUUGAACUUGAGGUCUGUGAGUUCUGUGAGGUGGGAUUUGUAACGGCUGAAGCACUCGGUCGGGUUUCCAGCUGGUUUGCAGCCAGUGCUUCUUGGUAGAGACACUGAGCGUGUCUUAUCGAGUCCCUGAUGAAAAUUACGGUCAACAGAGUGGUGUGGAAGUAAGGUUCAUGGACUUCCAACGAGAAGCACCAUGGAGAUAAGUGAACCACAGCAAGUGUUGAUGUGUAAGUCCUCAUCGAAUGGAAAGUGGAAAGGCCCAUCAAAGAGUCAUAGCCCUUUGAGUGCCUCAGAGGGACACCUUUCUGUGGAUAGUGCAGUGAGACUCAGAGCUACCAGCAAGGACUUUGGGAGGCCUUAUUUUUAAUUUGUUUUAGGAAAAAACAAUAAACAUGUCAGGAUACAAUUUUAAUCUGAGUCUCCUCUGUGUUAAUGACUGUUGGACAAGAGAAACAUCCACCGUCCCAUAGGCAGUCCUGCUCCUGGUGGUGUCCUAACCUGGGGACAGUGCUGGCGUCUCUUCACACUGCUGCUCGUCACCCUGGCUAACUGAAAUCGCUGACCGUGGUUUGUCGCACUCUGCUGGCAAGGGCUGCGGGCCCAUGCACUGCUCUGACGGGAGACUUGGUGAACGAGAUGCGUGCAAAGGAUACUUCAUUGUGACUUCUGUACAGGAAAAGAAUGCCGCGCAAAGGGCCCCGUGGGGAAAUCUGCACAUGCACAGCAACUCAGUUUUCCAAGGGGUUUUCUGCAGGUAAUCCUCUGCUGUCAAAAGAAUCGAAACAGGAUGUUACUUAAAUGAGCGGAACACAGAAUGCUUAAAACGAGGGACAUUUUGCUUAUUACGAUCAGAACAUAUAAAUGACAUCUGCCAUACGGCGUGCUCGGAGCCAGAACAACUUAGCGGUUUGUUUUAUUUACACUGGAGCAUAUCUUUUAAAAAUUCAUUUUAAUUUAGAAGUGUAUGGUAUCAAAUUUGAGGCCAUUUGGGAAGGACGUUCUGGUUUUGAUGGAGAAUUAUAGACUACAUGUUAAAAACGGGUAUAUAACACCCAAGCGUUAUUUCAUAAACAUUUAAGUCCGAUUCAGAAUAUGUAAAAAAAAACUUUUCCCUUUCUAACCAUGUAAGUGGGUCCUAACUAUGUUUACAUUUUAUACAAAAUUCUUUAAAACUGUA